AUGGAUGUGGAGGACAUUACCAGGAAGUUCGCAAAUUUUUCGCGUUUAUCGCUGAAGGAAAAACUGAGAAUAAAACAAGAAGGGCGCCCUUUGCCGGAUAUGACGAUUGAAUUCAAAGGAAAAAGUAGAGGAAAAGAGUACGUUCGAAAAUUUAAUCGGGAGAUUUAUUCAAGAACUAAGUGGAUUUGCGGUUGUACCGUCAAAAAUGCGUUCUUUUGCUUUCCAUGCGUAUUGUUUGGGGGAGAUACGAAGUGGACGCAAACCGGCAUCCGUGAUCUAGUUCACCUCAGUGAUCGCAUACAAACUCACGGAAACAGUAAGCAACAUAUUUUAAAUCAAAUGCAUCUGUCUCUGUUAGGGACAACAAAUAUACAGGCUCAACUUGACAGUGCAUAUUGGACAAAUAUCCAAAAACAUAAUGAAGAGGUUACAAAAAAUCGAUAUGUGCUGUCAAAAAUAAUCGAUUGCAUCAAAUUUUGCGGAGCUUUCGAGCUGGCAUUGCGAGGGCACGACGAAUCGGAAACUUCUACAAAUGCUGGUAUAUUCCGAGGCCUUAUAAACUUUAGCGCCGAACUUGAUAAGACUUUGCAAGAUCACUUGCAAAAUGCGUCGGUUUUUAAAGGAACAUCAAAAGAGAUUCAGAACGAUCUGCUAGCGUGUAUAUUAGAGGUAUAUUACGAAGAAAUUAGAAAAGAAAUUUCUGCCGCGCCUUUUAUUGCUGUUAUGGCUGAUGAAACAACCGAUGUAUCUGCGAAAUUCCAAAUGGUCGUAAUUUUUCGCUACAUAAAAGACGGUGUACCAGUUGAACGUUUUUGGGGAUUUUUGCAGCCAUCGGGACAUACUGCUCAAAUUUUAGCAGAAAACAUUUUGAAUGUUAUUGAUCCUCUGAUGGGUUCUAACAAACAUAAACUCAUAGCUCAAAGCUAUAACGGGGCAAACGUGAUGAGCGUGUUCUUUUCAAAUUCUCCGCAACGCGUUUCAAUAUUAGACAAAAUAGUUGGGAAGAAAAUACCGCGAUCCAUUCCAACAAGGUGGAAUUUUAAAAGCAGAACUGUGAAUGUAGUUUUUGAACACCGGGAAGCACUUAUCGACUGCAUGGACGAAAUACAAAAUACACUAACCGAAAACAACACAACCAUAAACAAAGCUACAGCGAUCAAAAGAAUGCUAGAGGACAAAAUAUUUAUUUUCUGGCUUACGUUCUUUCAUCAUGUAAUGCCGCAUGUAGACAUUCUGUAUAAUCAUUUGCAAAAACGAACAAUUGACGCAGCAAAUGUAAAAGAUGUUGUUGCACAAUUUGAAAGAAACAUUGCCAAAAUUAGGGAAGCUUCGAUCGAUCUGAUUGUGAAAGAAGCUCAAGAAGCAAGUGCUGCAAAAGAACGCUUUCUGGUCACAAUAGCGGUGUGUUUACUUUUACCGGAAAAAUUUAUAGAGUACGAAAAACAGUUUCCAGAAGAUGAAUUUAACUCUACAGUUAAUGCCUUCCCUAUGUUGAGAGGAGUAUCGGACCAUAAAAGGAGCUGUGGCGUUUCUGAAGUUAAUAAUUUAGAAGAUGUGUUUCCAGAAGUUAUAAAAUUGCUAGAAAUUAUUGUAACAAUACCCAUGACCACUUCGGAAGCAGAACGAUGUUUUUCUACAUUAACUCGAAUCAAAACUUUUCUUCGUAACACUAUGACUCAAGAACGUUUAAGAGCACUAGCAGUGUUAUCAAUUGAAAGCAGAUUUAUAACAGCAACACCAAACUUCAAUGAACGAGUGAUUGAUAAAUUCGCAUCUAAAAAACAGCGUCGUAUGGAGCUUAUUUAUAAAAAGUAA